CACCAGCGAAAAGGGUGAGAAGAAGAGGCUCCAGAGAAACCAAAAAAAAAAAAAAAAAUCCUUCCUUCGCCAAGCCCCUCCCCUUACCAUCGAUCUCCCAUCUCGUCUUCUCGCUCCACCAAAACCAGAAGGAAACAAAGAAGCCAUCAGAUCUCCACUUCCUUCCAUCCCACUCCCUCGCUCUCUUCUUCGUGCUUCUCUCGCUGCUAUCCAUCUUCGUUCGAGACGAGCAUGAGGAUUAGAAAGUGCGCUUCGAAGCUUCUGGGUUCGGCGAACGCGUACGCUUCGCCGCCGCUCCGGUCGCCGUCGUCGGAAUCGUGGGACUCGCAAGCUUCUGCCGCUGCCGGGCUUCUCUGCGAGCUCAACCGCUCGCCUUGGGAUUUGAUACCCAAUCUCCACGACAGUAGCAUCAUCGCAUUCCAGGAGGAGGAGAAGGAACAAGGGUUGGAUAGGGGCAUUAUGGGAAAUAGCAUCAAGCUUGAAGAAGAACCCAUCCCUCUAAAUAAAAGUAAGGAGGAGAUGGAGGAGAGAGAGGAGAAGGAUAAGAGGAAGAAGAAGAAGAUAAGGAGGAAGAGGAAGGAGAAAGAGAUCGAGACGGGCUCUACGACGGCUGCUGAGACCACUGUUAGCUGUAAGAAGAGUGAUGGUAAGGGAUGGCACUGCAAAAGACCGGCGAACCUACCCCACUCCCUUUGCCUCUACCACCUCGCGCAGCUUCGAUCAUAUAGUUACAGCCAUAGUAAAGUCGCCAACCCAAGAACCGGAACCCAGUUUAGUGUUCAGAAUAAGAAGGGGGAUGCAAGUGGUGAUGGUGGUAACUUGUAUUACUACUACUACUACGCUGGGUUCGGACCUUGGCGAGGAAAGAGGAGAGGAGAUAAAACUGGUGAUGUUGUUAAUGGCGACGAUACUGCUAUCGAACACGGAGGAGGAGGAGAAGAAAGGGGGAAGGAAGAUUCGAAGUAUGGCGAUGAAUGUGAUGCUCCAGUGGCCGGCGACGACGAAGAAGAAGGUGAUGAAGAUGAUGGGAGGGUACUCCAUGGAGAUGAUGACGACGGCGAGGAGGAUAGCAGUGAUGAGGAAAAGAAGAGGAAUCGUAGGAAGAGAGGAAGGAAGCCCGUGAAGGCUCGCUCUCUCAAGUCUCUACUGUAGCCUCUAAUUCUGAUUAUGUUUGUUGGUGUCCUUGUUGCUACUGCUGCUGCUGUAGUUUGUUUUUAUUCUGUUUAGAGAUAGUUAGUUCAGUUUCUAGUUGUUUCUAAAAAAAUAAAAGCAUUGUUUAGUUUCUAAAGAUAGAUAUUGUUUUAAUGGAUUAGCCUCUUUAAAAGUUU